AUGAGAGUCACAACCUUCGUGAUCUUGUGCUGUGCUCUGCAGUAUGUGUCUGCAGAUGCCAUUGAUGAUGCAUUACAAAAUGCAGUCAGACAAGGCAGACUAGAAACAAAGAAAUUUAACGAAACUGAUGAAAUUGACGUCGAUCAAAAAGGAAACCUUAUCGAGCGAUCAACCACAACGAAAGAAUACGAAGCAUUCGGAGACUUCGACAAAGACGUACAAGGCGAUGACGAAAAGGUCACAACAAUUGUCAUUAAAACUGACGCAACUGGCCAUGAAAGAAUAUGGGAAGAGAAUGUGCUUAUACACAAAAAGAAACAACCGGGCUCCUCUGCUGUAUCCGAAACAAGGACUGUGUUGAGUUCCAGACCUAGAGGCCCCCUGGUUGUGGGAUCAACAGGAAACUAUGGCAAUAAUGGCCAAGAUACUGUUAUCAUUAACAACAACAGCAGAGGUUCAGGAUCUUCGGCCAGUGCAUCAGCAUCUAGCGCUGCCGCUGGUUCUGGAUCUGGUCUAUCAGGCCUCUACGGAUCCCUCGGCCCACAAGAGGCUGCCUUAGAGGCCGCCGAAGCCGCCGCCGCCGCAUCCGCCGCUGCCGCACAAUACGCACCAUACGCAAACCAACGUGGCGUCACCGUCAUCAACAACAAUGAUUCUGGCUCUGGAUCAUCAUCCGCCGCAUCAGCAUCGUCCUCAGCCUCCGCUGCCGGUGGCCAAGGAGGAUUGGGUUCUGGCCUUGGCGGCCUUAACGGUCUCGGAGGAUUAGGCGCUGGACUUUACGGAUCGAACGGUCUUCUCGGCUCGCAAGGACAAGGAUCCGCCGCUUCCGCCGCCGCCGCCGCCGCUGCCGCAGCCGCUGCAGGACGUGGAUACGGUGGUGCUAACGGACUCGGAUUAUCUGGACUCAACGGAGUUAACGGCGAUGACACUAUCAUUAUCAACAACAACGGAGGUUCAGGAUCUAGCGCUAGCAGCGCUUCUGCUUCAAGCGCAUCCGCUGCAUCCGGCUCGGGUCUAUCAGACCAGUACGCAACCCUCGUCGCACAAGAGGCCGCCUUAGAAGCAGCUGAACAAGCUGCCUGCUCCGCAUCCGCAUCCGCAUCCGCCGCCGGCGGUCAAGGAGGCUUGGGCUCCGGAAUCGGAGGUCUCGGUGGUUUAGGCAACGGAUUGAACGGUUACGGAUCUGGCUCCUCGUCAGCCGCAUCAUCAUCCGCAUCUGCCGCCGGCGGACAAGGAUCUGGAAUCGGCGGUCUCAAUGGUCUCGGUGGGUUAUACGGAUCGAACGGUCUCCUCGGCCUUCAAGGACAAGGCGCUGGCUCUGCUUCUUCUGCUGCCUCCGCGGCCGCUGCCGCCGGUGGUGCUGGACGCGGUUUAGGUGGUAUUUAUGGACUCGGUUCAUCUGGACUCUACGGUAACAAUGGUCAAGACACCGUCAUCUUCAACAACAACAACAACGGAGGCUCAGGAUCUUCAGCUAGUUCAGCUUCGGCAUCUAGCGCUGCCGCUGGUUCUGGAUCUGGUCUAUCAGGCCUCUACGGAUCCCUCGGCCCACAAGAGGCUGCCUUAGAGGCCGCCGAAGCCGCCGCCGCCGCAUCCGCCGCUGCCGCACAAUACGCACCAUACGCAAACCAACGUGGCGUCACCGUCAUCAACAACAAUGAUUCUGGCUCUGGAUCAUCAUCCGCCGCAUCAGCAUCGUCCUCAGCCUCCGCUGCCGGUGGCCAAGGAGGAUUGGGUUCUGGCCUUGGCGGCCUUAACGGUCUCGGAGGAUUAGGCGCUGGACUUUACGGAUCGAACGGUCUUCUCGGCUCGCAAGGACAAGGAUCCGCCGCUUCCGCCGCCGCCGCCGCCGCUGCCGCAGCCGCUGCAGGACGUGGAUACGGUGGUGCUAACGGACUCGGAUUAUCUGGACUCAACGGAGUUAACGGCGAUGACACUAUCAUUAUCAACAACAACGGAGGUUCAGGAUCUAGCGCUAGCAGCGCUUCUGCUUCAAGCGCAUCCGCUGCAUCCGGCUCGGGUCUAUCAGACCAGUACGCAACCCUCGUCGCACAAGAGGCCGCCUUAGAAGCAGCUGAACAAGCUGCCGUAGCCGCCGCUGCCAAUCGUCGUGGCGUUACUAUCGUCAACAACGGUGCAGGAUCUGGUUCAUCAUCCGCUUCAGCUGCAUCCGCAUCCGCAUCCGCCGCCGGCGGUCAAGGAGGCUUGGGCUCCGGAAUCGGAGGUCUCGGUGGUUUAGGCAACGGAUUGAACGGUUACGGAUCUGGCUCGUCGUCAGCCGCAUCAUCAUCCGCAUCUGCCGCCGGCGGACAAGGAUCUGGAAUCGGCGGUCUCAAUGGUCUCGGUGGAUUAUACGGAUCGAACGGUCUCCUCGGCCUUCAAGGACAAGGCGCUGGCUCUGCUUCUUCUGCUGCCUCCGCGGCCGCUGCCGCCGGUGGUGCUGGACGCGGUUUAGGUGGUAUUUAUGGACUCGGUUCAUCUGGACUCUACGGUAACAAUGGUCAAGACACCGUCAUCUUCAACAACAACAACAACGGAGGCUCAGGAUCUUCAGCUAGUUCAGCUUCGGCAUCUAGCGCUGCCGCUGGUUCUGGAUCUGGUCUAUCAGGCCUCUACGGAUCCCUCGGCCCACAAGAGGCUGCCUUAGAGGCCGCCGAAGCCGCCGCCGCCGCAUCCGCCGCUGCCGCACAAUACGCACCAUACGCAAACCAACGUGGCGUCACCGUCAUCAACAACAAUGAUUCUGGCUCUGGAUCAUCAUCCGCCGCAUCAGCAUCGUCCUCAGCCUCCGCUGCCGGUGGCCAAGGAGGAUUGGGUUCUGGCCUUGGCGGCCUUAACGGUCUCGGAGGAUUAGGCGCUGGACUUUACGGAUCGAACGGUCUUCUCGGCUCGCAAGGACAAGGAUCCGCCGCUUCCGCCGCCGCCGCCGCCGCUGCCGCAGCCGCUGCAGGACGUGGAUACGGUGGUGCUAACGGACUCGGAUUAUCUGGACUCAACGGAGUUAACGGCGAUGACACUAUCAUUAUCAACAACAACGGAGGUUCAGGAUCUAGCGCUAGCAGCGCUUCUGCUUCAAGCGCAUCCGCUGCAUCCGGCUCGGGUCUAUCAGACCAGUACGCAACCCUCGUCGCACAAGAGGCCGCCUUAGAAGCAGCUGAACAAGCUGCCGUAGCCGCCGCUGCCAAUCGUCGUGGCGUUACUAUCGUCAACAACGGUGCAGGAUCUGGUUCAUCAUCCGCUUCAGCUGCAUCCGCAUCCGCAUCCGCCGCCGGCGGUCAAGGAGGCUUGGGCUCCGGAAUCGGAGGUCUCGGUGGUUUAGGCAACGGAUUGAACGGUUACGGAUCUGGCUCGUCGUCAGCCGCAUCAUCAUCCGCAUCUGCCGCCGGCGGACAAGGAUCUGGAAUCGGCGGUCUCAAUGGUCUCGGUGGGUUAUACGGAUCGAACGGUCUCCUCGGCCUUCAAGGACAAGGCGCUGGCUCUGCUUCUUCUGCUGCCUCCGCGGCCGCUGCCGCCGGUGGUGCUGGACGCGGUUUAGGUGGUAUUUAUGGACUCGGUUCAUCUGGACUCUACGGUAACAAUGGUCAAGACACCGUCAUCUUCAACAACAACAACAACGGAGGCUCAGGAUCUUCAGCUAGUUCAGCUUCGGCAUCUAGCGCUGCCGCUGGUUCUGGAUCUGGUCUAUCAGGCCUCUACGGAUCCCUCGGCCCACAAGAGGCUGCCUUAGAGGCCGCCGAAGCCGCCGCCGCCGCAUCCGCCGCUGCCGCACAAUACGCACCAUACGCAAACCAACGUGGCGUCACCGUCAUCAACAACAAUGAUUCUGGCUCUGGAUCAUCAUCCGCCGCAUCAGCAUCGUCCUCAGCCUCCGCUGCCGGUGGCCAAGGAGGAUUGGGUUCUGGCCUUGGCGGCCUUAACGGUCUCGGAGGAUUAGGCGCUGGACUUUACGGAUCGAACGGUCUUCUCGGCUCGCAAGGACAAGGAUCCGCCGCUUCCGCCGCCGCCGCCGCCGCUGCCGCAGCCGCUGCAGGACGUGGAUACGGUGGUGCUAACGGACUCGGAUUAUCUGGACUCAACGGAGUUAACGGCGAUGACACUAUCAUUAUCAACAACAACGGAGGUUCAGGAUCUAGCGCUAGCAGCGCUUCUGCUUCAAGCGCAUCCGCUGCAUCCGGCUCGGGUCUAUCAGACCAGUACGCAACCCUCGUCGCACAAGAGGCCGCCUUAGAAGCAGCUGAACAAGCUGCCGUAGCCGCCGCUGCCAAUCGUCGUGGCGUUACUAUCGUCAACAACGGUGCAGGAUCUGGUUCAUCAUCCGCUUCAGCUGCAUCCGCAUCCGCAUCCGCCGCCGGCGGUCAAGGAGGCUUGGGCUCCGGAAUCGGAGGUCUCGGUGGUUUAGGCAACGGAUUGAACGGUUACGGAUCUGGCUCCUCGUCAGCCGCAUCAUCAUCCGCAUCUGCCGCCGGCGGACAAGGAUCUGGAAUCGGCGGUCUCAAUGGUCUCGGUGGGUUAUACGGAUCGAACGGUCUCCUCGGCCUUCAAGGACAAGGCGCUGGCUCUGCUUCUUCUGCUGCCUCCGCGGCCGCUGCCGCCGGUGGUGCUGGACGCGGUUUAGGUGGUAUUUAUGGACUCGGUUCAUCUGGACUCUACGGUAACAAUGGUCAAGACACCGUCAUCUUCAACAACAACAACAACGGAGGCUCAGGAUCUUCAGCUAGUUCAGCUUCGGCAUCUAGCGCUGCCGCUGGUUCUGGAUCUGGUCUAUCAGGCCUCUACGGAUCCCUCGGCCCACAAGAGGCUGCCUUAGAGGCCGCCGAAGCCGCCGCCGCCGCAUCCGCCGCUGCCGCACAAUACGCACCAUACGCAAACCAACGUGGCGUCACCGUCAUCAACAACAAUGAUUCUGGCUCUGGAUCAUCAUCCGCCGCAUCAGCAUCGUCCUCAGCCUCCGCUGCCGGUGGCCAAGGAGGAUUGGGUUCUGGCCUUGGCGGCCUUAACGGUCUCGGAGGAUUAGGCGCUGGACUUUACGGAUCGAACGGUCUUCUCGGCUCGCAAGGACAAGGAUCCGCCGCUUCCGCCGCCGCCGCCGCCGCUGCCGCAGCCGCUGCAGGACGUGGAUACGGUGGUGCUAACGGACUCGGAUUAUCUGGACUCAACGGAGUUAACGGCGAUGACACUAUCAUUAUCAACAACAACGGAGGUUCAGGAUCUAGCGCUAGCAGCGCUUCUGCUUCAAGCGCAUCCGCUGCAUCCGGCUCGGGUCUAUCAGACCAGUACGCAACCCUCGUCGCACAAGAGGCCGCCUUAGAAGCAGCUGAACAAGCUGCCGUAGCCGCCGCUGCCAAUCGUCGUGGCGUUACUAUCGUCAACAACGGUGCAGGAUCUGGUUCAUCAUCCGCUUCAGCUGCAUCCGCAUCCGCAUCCGCCGCCGGCGGUCAAGGAGGCUUGGGCUCCGGAAUCGGAGGUCUCGGUGGUUUAGGCAACGGAUUGAACGGUUACGGAUCUGGCUCCUCGUCAGCCGCAUCAUCAUCCGCAUCUGCCGCCGGCGGACAAGGAUCUGGAAUCGGCGGUCUCAAUGGUCUCGGUGGAUUAUACGGAUCGAACGGUCUCCUCGGCCUUCAAGGACAAGGCGCUGGCGCUGCUUCUUCUGCUGCCUCCGCGGCCGCUGCCGCCGGUGGUGCUGGACGCGGUUUAGGUGGUAUUUAUGGACUCGGUUCAUCUGGACUCUACGGUAACAAUGGUCAAGACACCGUCAUCUUCAACAACAACAACAACGGAGGCUCAGGAUCUUCAGCUAGUUCAGCUUCGGCAUCUAGCGCUGCCGCUGGUUCUGGAUCUGGUCUAUCAGGCCUCUACGGAUCCCUCGGCCCACAAGAGGCUGCCUUAGAGGCCGCCGAAGCCGCCGCCGCCGCAUCCGCCGCUGCCGCACAAUACGCACCAUACGCAAACCAACGUGGCGUCACCGUCAUCAACAACAAUGAUUCUGGCUCUGGAUCAUCAUCCGCCGCAUCAGCAUCGUCCUCAGCCUCCGCUGCCGGUGGCCAAGGAGGAUUGGGUUCUGGCCUUGGCGGCCUUAACGGUCUCGGAGGAUUAGGCGCUGGACUUUACGGAUCGAACGGUCUUCUCGGCUCGCAAGGACAAGGAUCCGCCGCUUCCGCCGCCGCCGCCGCCGCUGCCGCAGCCGCUGCAGGACGUGGAUACGGUGGUGCUAACGGACUCGGAUUAUCUGGACUCAACGGAGUUAACGGCGAUGACACUAUCAUUAUCAACAACAACGGAGGUUCAGGAUCUAGCGCUAGCAGCGCUUCUGCUUCAAGCGCAUCCGCUGCAUCCGGCUCGGGUCUAUCAGACCAGUACGCAACCCUCGUCGCACAAGAGGCCGCCUUAGAAGCAGCUGAACAAGCUGCCGUAGCCGCCGCUGCCAAUCGUCGUGGCGUUACUAUCGUCAACAACGGUGCAGGAUCUGGUUCAUCAUCCGCUUCAGCUGCAUCCGCAUCCGCAUCCGCCGCCGGCGGUCAAGGAGGCUUGGGCUCCGGAAUCGGAGGUCUCGGUGGUUUAGGCAACGGAUUGAACGGUUACGGAUCUGGCUCCUCGUCAGCCGCAUCAUCAUCCGCAUCUGCCGCCGGCGGACAAGGAUCUGGAAUCGGCGGUCUCAAUGGUCUCGGUGGGUUAUACGGAUCGAACGGUCUCCUCGGCCUUCAAGGACAAGGCGCUGGCUCUGCUUCUUCUGCUGCCUCCGCGGCCGCUGCCGCCGGUGGUGCUGGACGCGGUUUAGGUGGUAUUUAUGGACUCGGUUCAUCUGGACUCUACGGUAACAAUGGUCAAGACACCGUCAUCUUCAACAACAACAACAACGGAGGCUCAGGAUCUUCAGCUAGUUCAGCUUCGGCAUCUAGCGCUGCCGCUGGUUCUGGAUCUGGUCUAUCAGGCCUCUACGGAUCCCUCGGCCCACAAGAGGCUGCCUUAGAGGCCGCCGAAGCCGCCGCCGCCGCAUCCGCCGCUGCCGCACAAUACGCACCAUACGCAAACCAACGUGGCGUCACCGUCAUCAACAACAAUGAUUCUGGCUCUGGAUCAUCAUCCGCCGCAUCAGCAUCGUCCUCAGCCUCCGCUGCCGGUGGCCAAGGAGGAUUGGGUUCUGGCCUUGGCGGCCUUAACGGUCUCGGAGGAUUAGGCGCUGGACUUUACGGAUCGAACGGUCUUCUCGGCUCGCAAGGACAAGGAUCCGCCGCUUCCGCCGCCGCCGCCGCCGCUGCCGCAGCCGCUGCAGGACGUGGAUACGGUGGUGCUAACGGACUCGGAUUAUCUGGACUCAACGGAGUUAACGGCGAUGACACUAUCAUUAUCAACAACAACGGAGGUUCAGGAUCUAGCGCUAGCAGCGCUUCUGCUUCAAGCGCAUCCGCUGCAUCCGGCUCGGGUCUAUCAGACCAGUACGCAACCCUCGUCGCACAAGAGGCCGCCUUAGAAGCAGCUGAACAAGCUGCCGUAGCCGCCGCUGCCAAUCGUCGUGGCGUUACUAUCGUCAACAACGGUGCAGGAUCUGGUUCAUCAUCCGCUUCAGCUGCAUCCGCAUCCGCAUCCGCCGCCGGCGGUCAAGGAGGCUUGGGCUCCGGAAUCGGAGGUCUCGGUGGUUUAGGCAACGGAUUGAACGGUUACGGAUCUGGCUCGUCGUACCGAUCAUCAUCCGCAUCUGCCGCCGGCGGACAAGGAUCUGGAAUCGGCGGUCUCAAUGGUCUCGGUGGGUUAUACGGAUCGAACGGUCUCCUCGGCCUUCAAGGACAAGGCGCUGGCGCUGCUUCUUCUGCUGCCUCCGCGGCCGCUGCCGCCGGUGGUGCUGGACGCGGUUUAGGUGGUAUUUAUGGACUCGGUUCAUCUGGACUCUACGGUAACAAUGGUCAAGACACCGUCAUCUUCAACAACAACAACAACGGAGGCUCAGGAUCUUCAGCUAGUUCAGCUUCGGCAUCUAGCGCUGCCGCUGGUUCUGGAUCUGGUCUAUCAGGCCUCUACGGAUCCCUCGGCCCACAAGAGGCUGCCUUAGAGGCCGCCGAAGCCGCCGCCGCCGCAUCCGCCGCUGCCGCACAAUACGCACCAUACGCAAACCAACGUGGCGUCACCGUCAUCAACAACAAUGAUUCUGGCUCUGGAUCAUCAUCCGCCGCAUCAGCAUCGUCCUCAGCCUCCGCUGCCGGUGGCCAAGGAGGAUUGGGUUCUGGCCUUGGCGGCCUUAACGGUCUCGGAGGAUUAGGCGCUGGACUUUACGGAUCGAACGGUCUUCUCGGCUCGCAAGGACAAGGAUCCGCCGCUUCCGCCGCCGCCGCCGCCGCUGCCGCAGCCGCUGCAGGACGUGGAUACGGUGGUGCUAACGGACUCGGAUUAUCUGGACUCAACGGAGUUAACGGCGAUGACACUAUCAUUAUCAACAACAACGGAGGUUCAGGAUCUAGCGCUAGCAGCGCUUCUGCUUCAAGCGCAUCCGCUGCAUCCGGCUCGGGUCUAUCAGACCAGUACGCAACCCUCGUCGCACAAGAGGCCGCCUUAGAAGCAGCUGAACAAGCUGCCGUAGCCGCCGCUGCCAAUCGUCGUGGCGUUACUAUCGUCAACAACGGUGCAGGAUCUGGUUCAUCAUCCGCUUCAGCUGCAUCCGCAUCCGCAUCCGCCGCCGGCGGUCAAGGAGGCUUGGGCUCCGGAAUCGGAGGUCUCGGUGGUUUAGGCAACGGAUUGAACGGUUACGGAUCUGGCUCGUCGUCAGCCGCAUCAUCAUCCGCAUCUGCCGCCGGCGGACAAGGAUCUGGAAUCGGCGGUCUCAAUGGUCUCGGUGGGUUAUACGGAUCGAACGGUCUCCUCGGCCUUCAAGGACAAGGCGCUGGCUCUGCUUCUUCUGCUGCCUCCGCGGCCGCUGCCGCCGGUGGUGCUGGACGCGGUUUAGGUGGUAUUUAUGGACUCGGUUCAUCUGGACUCUACGGUAACAAUGGUCAAGACACCGUCAUCUUCAACAACAACAACGGAGGCUCAGGAUCUUCAGCUAGUUCAGCUUCGGCAUCUAGCGCUGCCGCUGGUUCUGGAUCUGGUCUAUCAGGCCUCUACGGAUCCCUCGGCCCACAAGAGGCUGCCUUAGAGGCCGCCGAAGCCGCCGCCGCCGCAUCCGCCGCUGCCGCACAAUACGCACCAUACGCAAACCAACGUGGCGUCACCGUCAUCAACAACAAUGAUUCUGGCUCUGGAUCAUCAUCCGCCGCAUCAGCAUCGUCCUCAGCCUCCGCUGCCGGUGGCCAAGGAGGAUUGGGUUCUGGCCUUGGCGGCCUUAACGGUCUCGGAGGAUUAGGCGCUGGACUUUACGGAUCGAACGGUCUUCUCGGCUCGCAAGGACAAGGAUCCGCCGCUUCCGCCGCCGCCGCCGCCGCUGCCGCAGCCGCUGCAGGACGUGGAUACGGUGGUGCUAACGGACUCGGAUUAUCUGGACUCAACGGAGUUAACGGCGAUGACACUAUCAUUAUCAACAACAACGGAGGUUCAGGAUCUAGCGCUAGCAGCGCUUCUGCUUCAAGCGCAUCCGCUGCAUCCGGCUCGGGUCUAUCAGACCAGUACGCAACCCUCGUCGCACAAGAGGCCGCCUUAGAAGCAGCUGAACAAGCUGCCGUAGCCGCCGCUGCCAAUCGUCGUGGCGUUACUAUCGUCAACAACGGUGCAGGAUCUGGUUCAUCAUCCGCUUCAGCUGCAUCCGCAUCCGCAUCCGCCGCCGGCGGUCAAGGAGGCUUGGGCUCCGGAAUCGGAGGUCUCGGUGGUUUAGGCAACGGAUUGAACGGUUACGGAUCUGGCUCGUCGUCAGCCGCAUCAUCAUCCGCAUCUGCCGCCGGCGGACAAGGAUCUGGAAUCGGCGGUCUCAAUGGUCUCGGUGGGUUAUACGGAUCGAACGGUCUCCUCGGCCUUCAAGGACAAGGCGCUGGCUCUGCUUCUUCUGCUGCCUCCGCGGCCGCUGCCGCCGGUGGUGCUGGACGCGGUUUAGGUGGUAUUUAUGGACUCGGUUCAUCUGGACUCUACGGUAACAAUGGUCAAGACACCGUCAUCUUCAACAACAACAACGGAGGCUCAGGAUCUUCAGCUAGUUCAGCUUCGGCAUCUAGCGCUGCCGCUGGUUCUGGAUCUGGUCUAUCAGGCCUCUACGGAUCCCUCGGCCCACAAGAGGCUGCCUUAGAGGCCGCCGAAGCCGCCGCCGCCGCAUCCGCCGCUGCCGCACAAUACGCACCAUACGCAAACCAACGUGGCGUCACCGUCAUCAACAACAAUGAUUCUGGCUCUGGAUCAUCAUCCGCCGCAUCAGCAUCGUCCUCAGCCUCCGCUGCCGGUGGCCAAGGAGGAUUGGGUUCUGGCCUUGGCGGCCUUAACGGUCUCGGAGGAUUAGGCGCUGGACUUUACGGAUCGAACGGUCUUCUCGGCUCGCAAGGACAAGGAUCCGCCGCUUCCGCCGCCGCCGCUGCCGCAGCCGCUGCAGGACGUGGAUACGGUGGUGCUAACGGACUCGGAUUAUCUGGACUCAACGGAGUUAACGGCGAUGACACUAUCAUUAUCAACAACAACGGAGGUUCAGGAUCUAGCGCUAGCAGCGCUUCUGCUUCAAGCGCAUCCGCUGCAUCCGACUCGGGUCUAUCAGACCAGUACGCAACCCUCGUCGCACAAGAGGCCGCCUUAGAAGCAGCUGAACAAGCUGCCGUAGCCGCCGCUGCCAAUCGUCGUGGCGUUACUAUCGUCAACAACGGUGCAGGAUCUGGUUCAUCAUCCGCUUCAGCUGCAUCCGCAUCCGCAUCCGCCGCCGGCGGUCAAGGAGGCUUGGGCUCCGGAAUCGGAGGUCUCGGUGGUUUAGGCAACGGAUUGAACGGUUACGGAUCUGGCUCGUCGUCAGCCGCAUCAUCAUCCGCAUCUGCCGCCGGCGGACAAGGAUCUGGAAUCGGCGGUCUCAAUGGUCUCGGUGGGUUAUACGGAUCGAACGGUCUCCUCGGCCUUCAAGGACAAGGCGCUGGCUCUGCUUCUUCUGCUGCCUCCGCGGCCGCUGCCGCCGGUGGUGCUGGACGCGGUUUAGGUGGUAUUUAUGGACUCGGUUCAUCUGGACUCUACGGUAACAAUGGUCAAGACACCGUCAUCUUCAACAACAACAACGGAGGCUCAGGAUCUUCAGCUAGUUCAGCUUCGGCAUCUAGCGCUGCCGCUGGUUCUGGAUCUGGUCUAUCAGGCCUCUACGGAUCCCUCGGCCCACAAGAGGCUGCCUUAGAGGCCGCCGAAGCCGCCGCCGCUGCAUCCGCCGCUGCCGCACAAUACGCACCAUACGCAAACCAACGUGGCGUCACCGUCAUCAACAACAAUGAUUCUGGCUCUGGAUCAUCAUCCGCCGCAUCAGCAUCGUCCUCAGCCUCCGCUGCCGGUGGCCAAGGAGGAUUGGGUUCUGGCCUUGGCGGCCUUAACGGUCUCGGAGGAUUAGGCGCUGGACUUUACGGAUCGAACGGUCUUCUCGGCUCGCAAGGACAAGGAUCCGCCGCUUCCGCCGCCGCCGCUGCCGCAGCCGCUGCAGGACGUGGAUACGGUGGUGCUAACGGACUCGGAUUAUCUGGACUCAACGGAGUUAACGGCGAUGACACUAUCAUUAUCAACAACAACGGAGGUUCAGGAUCUAGCGCUAGCAGCGCUUCUGCUUCAAGCGCAUCCGCUGCAUCCGGCUCGGGUCUAUCAGACCAGUACGCAACCCUCGUCGCACAAGAGGCCGCCUUAGAAGCAGCUGAACAAGCUGCCGUAGCCGCCGCUGCCAAUCGUCGUGGCGUUACUAUCGUCAACAACGGUGCAGGAUCUGGUUCAUCAUCCGCUUCAGCUGCAUCCGCAUCCGCAUCCGCCGCCGGCGGUCAAGGAGGCUUGGGCUCCGGAAUCGGAGGUCUCGGUGGUUUAGGCAACGGAUUGAACGGUUACGGAUCUGGCUCCUCGUCAGCCGCAUCAUCAUCCGCAUCUGCCGCCGGCGGACAAGGAUCUGGAAUCGGCGGUCUCAAUGGUCUCGGUGGGUUAUACGGAUCGAACGGUCUCCUCGGCCUUCAAGGACAAGGCGCUGGCUCUGCUUCUUCUGCUGCCUCCGCGGCCGCUGCCGCCGGUGGUGCUGGACGCGGUUUAGGUGGUAUUUAUGGACUCGGUUCAUCUGGACUCUACGGUAACAAUGGUCAAGACACCGUCAUCUUCAACAACAACAACAACGGAGGCUCAGGAUCUUCAGCUAGUUCAGCUUCGGCAUCUAGCGCUGCCGCUGGUUCUGGAUCUGGUCCAUCAGGCCUGUACGGAUCCCUCGCUGCACAAGAGGCUGCCUUAGAAGCCGCUGAUGGUCUUAACGGUUUCCAAAACAGUGUUUUAUAUGGUGGUAAACGAGGACCUCUAGUUAUUGUUAAUGACGAUGAUUCUGGCUCUGGAUCAUCAUCCGCCGCAUCAGCAUCGUCCUCAGCCUCCGCUGCCGGUGGCCAAGGAGGAUUGGGUUCUGGCCUUGGCGGCCUUAACGGUCUCGGAGGAUUAGGCGCUGGACUUUACGGAUCGAACGGUCUUCUCGGCUCGCAAGGACAAGGAUCCGUCGCUUCCGCCGCCGCCGCCGCCGCUACCGCAGCCGCUGCAGGACGUGGAUACGGUGGUGCUAACGGACUCGGAUUAUCUGGACUCAACGGAGUUAACGGUGAUGACACUAUCAUUAUCAACAACAACGAAGGCUCAGGAUCUAGCGCUAGCAGCGCUUCUGCUUCAAGCGCUUCCACUGCAUCCGGCUCAGGUCUAUCAGACCAGUACGCAACCCUCGUCGCACAAGAGGCCGCCUUAGAAGCAGCUGAACAAGCUGCCGUAGCCGCCGCUGCCAAUCGUCGUGGCGUUACUAUCGUCAAUAACGGUGCAGGAUCUGGUUCAUCAUCCGCUUCAGCUGCAUCUGCAUCCGCAUCCGCUGCUUCAGGUUCCUCAGACAAGUACGCAACUCUUUUAGCAGAAGAGGCUGCCUUAGAAGCUGCUACAGCAGCUGCCACAGCUGCAGCAGCUGCUUCAAACAAAAGAGGCGUGACCAUCAUUAACAAUUAUGAAUCUGGAAGUGGUUCAUCUUCCGCUGCUGCUUCAUCUUCUUCAAGCUCUCAAGGAGCAGAUUUGCCUGUUUUCAACUAUAAUGGAAAUGGUUUAGGAGUAAAUGGUCUUUCUUACGGUCCAGGAGCAUUCGGGCCAUAUGGAUAUCAGGAUAACCAGGUUGUCGUCAUAAAUGGAGGUAGUUCGGGAGGCGCUGCUUCGUCUGCCUCAUCCUCAAGUACAGCUUUAGCGACAUAUGGUCAAGGCAGAGGUCGCGUACGUAAUUCGUGCAGAUUUAGCCGUCGCCAAUUCGUCAUCAGAUACGGCAGAAAAGGCUUAGCCUGUACUGAUUGUUAA